UUUGCUGCUAGCACAGCGUUACUUUUCAUCCAGCAUAUGGCAGCUUUAACUUUCUAAUUUAUAUUUUGUUUUCAGCAUGCAGUCUGCUAAAGUCCUCAAUAAACUACUAAAGGAAGCUCCCAAGGAUACUAAAGGAAGCAAAGAGAUUGCAGAGUUACGAAAACUGAUCAAGGAGCUGAUGAAACCGCGACAGGGCCAACUACUUCAGAUCCUAAAGACUCGCAUGAUUGCUUCCACUCGAGAUGAGUAUCAGGAUGAAGAUCAGGACUGGUGGCCAGACUAUGAGCUAUUAUCAGCAGACUGGCGAGCCAUCACAGAUAUGAAUGGCCUUUUAGUCUGCGCUCAGGAUGCUCUGAAGGGAUUGCCGGAUGAUCUAAAGGCCAUUGGUGAAAAUUUCGAUUAUGCCUAUACGGUAACAAAGCCUAUCACUAUUCGGAAAUAUACAAAAAACUAUAUUCUGGUAGUGGAACUUAUUGAGGACAUGGAGGACUUCGUAACGAACCUCAGCCGCCUGUGCAGCAAGAAUCUGGACGAGCGAAGGGACCUAUACGAUCUGGCUUCGAUAACUAAGGACACUGGCGACCGAAUCAAGGUGAAAAUCUUCGAUGAACGCACCUUUGUGCAAUUGCAGUCGCGAAUUGAAAGUCUUAGGAACUACAUAAGGGACUUUAGCGCCCUUUUCGAUGUCCACUUGGAGUCCAAAGAGGAGGCUGCAUUCAAGCCAUUGUAUAUGUUGGCAAAACCCCAAAAACCGCUUGCCGAUAAGGUCCGGACUUAAGCCAGAUCGAUCAGGAAGUCAUCUCACCGUCUAUUCCCAAGGCAUGGCUUCCAACGGUUUUUAUUGUACAAUACCCACACACACACACACACACUAGAUACAGAUACAGAACACAGGACACAGAAACAUGACUCCGGCAUAUGGGCGGUAAUAAAGAGUUCGCCUCCAGUGUAUUGGAGUAUCUGGGAAA